AUGGGUCGCGUUAAGAGUUUCCCCCGUGCCCAUACAUUUCGAACAGCCAAUAAAGACGUUGACCUGGCCAACUUUGACCAGGAGAACCCCCGCCCCCGCCCCACCGUUCAUAAUUGGAAGGCCGGCACUUGUGCCAUCAAGGAAAUCCGCCCCUUCCAGAGCUCUACCGAGCUAAUCUUCCCGGCGGCCCCGUUCCAGCGAUUGGUUCGGGAAAUUACUUUGUCCUGUUACCAAGGACAUGAAUAUCGCUGGCAACGUACUGCCAUUGAGUCACUUCAGGAGGCUGCUGAAGCGACCUUGUGCGCUCUGUUUGAGUGCUCUGUUAUGGCAAUGGCGCACCGUAAGCGCGUUACGGUCAAUGCUGAUGAUAUGAAGCUCGUUCUUGGCAUCAGUGCCAUGACCGGGUCGAACUAUUUCGGCCCGAUUGAUGCGCCUGAUCGCCCCGCCGCUGCUGCCCCCGCCCCGCCAACUACUGCUGCCGCUGCUCCACCACCACCGCCUCUCUGCCUCCCCCCGGCGCCGACAGGGUCUCCGCCCGUCAAAUGGCGGCCGGUUCUGGAGGAGCAGGAGGAGGAGGAGAGGGAGGAGAAGGAAGAGGGGAAGGAGGAGGAGGAGGGGGAGAAGGAAGAGAAUGAUGAUGAUGAUGAUGAACUUGCUUAG